CCGUUCAGUUCCUCUGCGUCUUUGCUCCGGACGAGUCGCUGGGCCGCUCGGUCGCCGGACGCGUUCUUCGCGCACGGUCGCGAAUGAGUACGCACGCGAUCCAGUUUGUGGUCUGUCUUGCCGUGUACUCUCCGCUUACUCUGAACCUUUCGCUUUGAUCCAACGCUGCGCCUGAUUCGUCGCAUCGAAGUUUCGCGUCUCGCGAUCCCGUCGGCUUAUCAGAUAGAGGAGUUCGGAGUUACGCAUUCAUGUCAGGAAUCAGAAGAUGUAGUUUCUGAAGAAUUCGCGAGCUGGUGCGAGCAUCACCGAACGAUCGCGGCACCUUAGCGGCUCAUGUAGUAUAGACGACCAGAGGGAGUCGCACUCUGAAGGGUGUACUAAUAGUAUUCAAAUAGCUCUACGUUAUUUUUUGUUUUCGUUUCUUCUCAACUACCACUCACGCCGCACGUCGCGCCGUCGGUGUACUGAGCAUGCGGCCGGCGUUCGCUGCCCCAAACGGAAACAGGCUAUCGGCGUCGUCUCCAACGACUCGUUGUGUUUACUCUGCGACAACCGCGUCUCUUCAACGGGUUUACCGAGGAUUACCACGCUGUAUCACCGAGAGUGUCGGACAAAACGAUGGUUGUGAGUGGACAUACUCUUCAAUGCACUCCGGCGGCCGGGAGUGAGCGGUCCUACGCUUCCACGUGCUUCCGAAAGUGCCGAAUUAUCCCACUAAGCUUUCGGUUUUCUUGUGCGUGUGUGUGUGUAGUUCGCCGACUGAGUUAGCACGGUUGAAGAGUGUCGCAUGGACCUGUACUGUAACUCCAGCGCUCGUGUUUGGACCGUACCCAACUACAUUCGUUGCGUGGAUCUCUACGAUGGCUGUCGGGGGAUGGCUGGGCGGGGACGCGGAGUCGUCUCUGCUUCACGCUUACCUAGAGUCGUCGGGAGUUGCGUGCACCACGACGGGGAUUCCGAUUCACUCGAAAAGCAAUCACAAAGCCCGCCAUCCGGACACGGUGCACAGAGUUCGUCGUAGAAAAGCAGCGCGCGCUGCGGACAAGGCGCACGCGUUGGCUGGAUCUCUAAGCGCCGCGUGCGCUUCUGUAGUCAGGAAGACGCGCUCUUAUUUCGAACAUCCUUGGAGUCUAGAAGCAGUCGGUUCGAGAACAGUGCCAGUCGACAACCACCACCAACAGCAGCAGUGCAGAUCAUCGUCCAACUGCCAACGACGCCAUCACCCGCAGCAACAACACCAACAAAAGCGGCGCGACUCUGAAGUCGGCGGCGCCGAAGUACCGACGUGCGCCGACUACCGCGUGGGACGGAAGUGGUGCUGGACCGCGUGGGUGCCCGCGUUGUGUGCCGGGGUCGUGGCUGUGCUGUGUUACGUGAACUCGUUGGAUGGUGAUUUCGUGCACGACGACAUAGUGGCCGUCGUGGGCAACCCCGACGUCACCGGCGAGAGUAGGCGACACGCGUCGUCUUCGUCGUCAUCGCUUUGGAUAAACGAUUUCUGGGGGCGACCCAUGGCGGACCCUCGAAGCCAUAAGUCGUACCGGCCACUCACAGUGCUCACUUUCAGGGCCAACUACUACGCCAAUGGGCGGCAGGUACGUGGCUACCACGUGGUCAACGUCGUCUUGCACUGCGCAUGCUCAGUACUGGUGGCUGUCGUCGCACGGCGUGUGAUGAGGAUAACUGCGCUCCAGGCGUGCCUGGCCGCGAUGCUGUUCGCUGCUCAUCCAGUCCACACCGAGGCCGUGUCGAGCAUAGUGGGCCGGGCCGAAGUGUUGUGCUGCCUCUUCUUUCUGCUGUCUUUCCUCUGCUACCACUGCUGCCAACUUCCCGGUGAUGACCAAGGAGGUCACGGAAGGUCAAAGUGGCUCGCAGCCUGCGGUGCACUCUCCGUAUGUGCUCUGCUCUCUAAAGAGCAAGGCAUCACCGUUCUGCCGGUGUGCGUGGCUCUCAGGAUGCGCACACUACUAUUUGAUUCCACGCGCAAAUGUCAUGCAGCUCACCGCCGAAGAUGCCCAAUCUGCAGCCACUGCAUACGAGACAUUGGCUACCGAUGCAUCACGGAUCGCGAGGUAGUCGCCCUCGCGUCAUUGACGACGUUGCUCCUCUGCUUCAGGCUAUGGAUUCUACAAGGAAGCUUUCCCGAAUUUUCCGAGAUGGACAACCCUGCGUCCUUCUCGUCGAUGCGCACAACCAGGCUACUCACUUACAGUUACCUGUGCGCCUUCAAUGUCUGGCUCGUGUUGUGUCCGCGUACCCUGUCAUACGAUUGGCAGAUGGGCAGUAUACCCCUCGUGACGUCACCACUUGACCCCAGGAAUCUGGCUACACUGGCGGUACUUGCCUCGCUACUGGCUCUGUGCUGGCGGGCCUUGCCCACAUCGAACAUGAAAUACAGCUCUGCCAGUGGUUCAAGAGAGCAAUCCUGUCAGAACAAUCUUGAGCAACGGCGUGAGCCUUCAGUGGGACUGGUGGUGCCCCUGCUCCUGACUGUGCUGCCUUUCCUACCGGCGUCGAACCUCUUCGUGACCGUCGGCUUCGUGGUUGCCGAGAGAGUCCUAUACAUACCCAGCAUCGGCGUGACUCUACUGGUGGCCGAAGGAUUGUUCCGCCUCCACACGCGCUGCUCGCGAGCGCUCCGGUGGUGCACUACAUUCCUCUGCUUCAUUGUGGUGCUGCUUUUUGCGGCACGCACCUGGAACCGGAAUGGUGCCUGGGCAUCCAGAGAGGCCUUGUUCGAAUCGGGCAUUAGGGACCUUCCAGGAAACGCAAAGUUGCAUUACAAUUACGCCAAUCUGCAGAAGGACAUAGGCAACUCUGACUUGGCCAUUAAACACUACAGGCUGGCAAUCGAGUUGUGGCCAGAUCACGCCAGCGCGCACAAUAACUUGGGCACUGUGCUGACGUCGGCCGAAGUAUCUGAACAUCACUUCCGGUACGCCUUGCAUGUCAACCCAAACCACCCAGGGGCUCAUUUCAACCUCGCCAAUAUCUACAGCAAGAAGGGCCAAAAGGAGGUUGCAAGAACCCUGCUGGAGCGCGCGGUAGAGCUUGAUCCCGAUUUCUGCGAGGCGUACUCGUCACUUGCUGCACUCGCCGAUGAAAAGGGAGACCUCGCUGAAGCUGAGAGGCUGCACCUGAUGGCGCUAACCAGCGACGACAGAAAUGCCGACGCCCGGAACAACUACGGGACAUUUCUUCAAUCACACGGCCGAGCUGAAGAGGCCAUAGCACAGUACCAACACGCUCUCGACAUCCAAAAAAACCACACCGUGGCACUCUUCAACGCGGCAAAAAGCCUUCGGAGCAUGAACCUCAAUAUGCAGGCCGAAAGCCUCUACAAGAGGGCCCUCGCUGUUGAACCGGAUCCACAGGUAAUGGACAAUCUGGCUGUGUUCUACGUCAAUGCUGGUCGCCUGGAUGAGGCAAGACAGCUGUUUGAGGAAAUCGAUCGGAUUUUCCCGGAGGACCGUGAAAGCAAGGUUCACCAUGCUCAGCUUCUGAUUCGGCUACGAAGUUUUCGAGCAGCCGAGGACCUCCUGCUAGAUGUGAUCCAGCACAACAGCACUGACAGAGGAGCAUUGCACACGGCCGCCCUUUUAUACAACCACAUAAACCGCACAGUCGAGGCACUGGACUACAUAUUGAAGGCUCUGAAGCUGUGUGAUGUUGACGACCUGCUUUGUGCAAGAAUACACAGCGAUCAUGGUGACAUACUGAAGGACUUGGGCGACCUCAGCUCGUCGGCACAGAGUUACGAAGUCGCCAUUCGCCUUGACCCUGAUCUCGCACACGCUCAUCUGAACCUUGCUGUGAUCAAACACUUGGAGAGUGACUACCCAGGUGCAUUUCGACACUACCAAGUGGCCCUGUCUCUGGACCCAAAGAACAAGCUCAUCAUAGACAACAUGGCCAAGUUGAGGCGACGAAUCACGAGGUCACUGCCUUUCCACGACUGCGUUUAGUGCUGACGCGUCAUCGGAGUGCAUUUACUGUGCCGCUUCUCUGCGUAUAGACAUUGACGCUUCGGCGACACCUCUUCACCUGCAUUCACAGUGUACUGCUUUCUAUGUUUCGCAAACUUUGUGAGUCAGCAUGCAGACGUCCGGUUAGUUCACUCAAACAGUAGAACGAUGGUAUCCGGACUCGUCAUUAGGAAUUGGUGUUCUAGGUGUAUGUACUGCAUAAAAUGUGCUUCGGAACAUCCCGUCCCGUUCAACAGUGAUGAUAGAGCCACCCCCGAGCGGGCUGUGAAAUUUUCUUUUGGUCGUUUUCUAGACGUGCUUUACUUUAGAAGCCGUUCAACUUUACCGGAUCCAAAUGACGCGGUAUAUCCGCUUCUUGAAAAUUUACAUUAUAUUUUUGAUGCCGCGGCACCAUAUCACCGUGCUGGUUUCCAGUCUUAUUAAAUUUGCUACCGGUUCAGUGAAGGACUUCUGAGAUUUUUUACAGUCUCGAGUGUUUUGUUUAUGUUGCGAAGGUAAAAUAUUACUCCACAACAGUUUCGCCCCCACAUUCAGGAUUACAGGAAAGCUUUCAGACGGAUGUUGUGGACUUUUAAACAGAAUGUGAAUAAUUGUUAGUGGUGACUACGGUUCCCUGGUUAUGUACGCUUGUCCUUACACUAUUCCAAGCAGAAAGGAAAAACAUUGACAAGUCUUGCUUACUGAUUGUGCCAUGUGUGUCAUCCUAUUUGUCUGCCGCCUCCUUGCCACGACCUCUGCGGGCUGCUGUUGUGGAAAGUACCACUUCUUCGAGCAGUGGCGUAAGACUAUGCAACAACGUGCCUAGAUUUCCGACUCUUAGUGAUGUUAGCGUGUGCGCCAUUGCAACGUAAUUCUCUCAAAGUGUGACAGAUUUGCUCAGAUGUGGUUGCUGUGACUGAAUCGUUGUGUGUGUCGUCUCGUGGAAGUUUACGAAUUAAGCGAAGUCGGAAUGCAACAGCGGAGACAUGCGAGAUGUCAUGAAGUAAAAUGUAGGACGUCAUCAUCGCGAUGAAGGACGCAUAAGCAUUGAGUGUGUUCGUGUGGCCUGCAACAUGUCUGCAAGACCUGUGUGUGUUCCGCUUUCCGAGAUGCAAUGCAAGCAGGUGUCCUGAGCUGCUGAGUGACGUGUCUGCUAGUGUAAAUUGCAAGGUUUUUUUUUUUUGUUUUUUGUUCAGGAGGGUGGGAAGGAAGGUAGGGGCACCAUCGCGCUUAGAGCGACAUGGAGUUGAGCUAGUUGGUACGAAUUCGAGAUAAAAGGAGACUACGCAUGUAGACACGCGCA